AUGGAAACUGUCGACGACGACAAGCCCAGGCCGGUUGCGCCACCAGAGCUGGAGCCCAUAUCGCCAGCGCUCUCAUCGGCUGCUGCUCCCAAGCCUUCUACUUCGAGGGCUGCAUCACCACAUCAUGCACCAACUCCAGAUUCUACUUCCACCCGUGCUAUUGCUGUUGAGAUAAAGAGUCCAGCAGCUCCUGAUAGUGCGAUUUCAAUUGCGACUGAUCCUCCUCCUGCUGCCCCCUCGGCGUCUGAACCCCGAGCCGCAACGCCAACCAUGCCGCAGUCACCACUACAAUCAUCAUCAGCAGCAGCAGCAGCAGCAACGGCAUUGGAUUCAGCUUUGGUUACCAAGGACCACACACCGUCACCAUCUGUACCCUCGACAAGUACUGUGAAUGGAAAAUCACCGGUAAUUGCCGCUGCAAGUCCUGCUACCGUCGUCGCCGCCGCCGGCUCCGCUGCUGUCGCUGUCAGAAGUCCAUCUCCAAGGCAAGUUAAAUCAUGGUUUCAUUUCCCACACUCGAACGGCCGCAAGGUCUCGAUUGGAGAUGGGGACCUUGAAAGCGAGCUUAGCGAUCCAGCAAGCACCGUGCACUCCCCUUCGGGGGCGGACUUUAACGAAUUCGAGGACGAGAUUAUCGUGGGGGCUCGCACUAACGGUACCCGAAAGUCAUCGCCCCCGCGGCCUGCAUCUGAUGCCGAAGAUGAGACCAUGACCAAUGGCGACGAAGAGCCAGUUGUUUCCCAUUACCCCAAACGGAAGCGGACGUCUAUCUUUAAUGACUUGAGUGAAAGCAAAAUCAUUGCGGAUGACCGUCAAACCUCGGCAGCCAGCACAAGAGCUAAACCCUCUCGCUCAAGCACAGGGAAUGUUAAAGGAGUGACAGUAGGCUACUGGCGGGAUUCAGAAGCUCCUACAGAGGAACUCAAACAUGCUGUCAUUGGCUUUAUAGAUGUUAGAGAGCGUCUACGCACACGUAUACAAUCACUAACAAGAGCCGGAGACACUGUAACCGAAUAUCCACUGCCUCCCGGACCUGGUGGAAGUUGGGUAACGUUUGAGAGGAUUGUCUUCCUCGAUCACCUCGUGGGUCUGGAUCACCUUCAGAUCAAGGAGUAUGUCAGGCUACGCACCAAGAAUAUAGCAACCGAAAAGAACCAGGCCGAACACACUGCUGGCGAAUUAGAAGAUACCAAGGAAGCUAUUCGCCGUGCCAAGCUGAUUCCAACUACUGAAAACAACUCCAACCCACCCCAGAUCGCUUACGGCGUCGAACUUCCCGAGCAUUUGCAAAGCAAUCGCGAUGCAAAAAGGCGCAGGACCAGCGGAGGCUUCGCACCUAUUAAUGCUGCGUCAUCGAAUGGCCCCGUGGUUGAGCAUACUCCUAUUCAACCAGCACCCGGCGGACCACAGCCUGUACGAAACGUUGUUGACCCGCUCCCUGGUACUAGACCGACCCGAAUUCUUCUUGGCACAUGGACCAAGUCUGCAGAGUCCAAUCCCAAGGAUCGUCAUGCGGUCUACGGUAUUUUGGGGCAAAACGACAUGUUCAGAGUCAAGCUAGUACGAGAAACACGAGACGGACGGUUUGUCGAUGGCAACUUUCCCGCUGGAGCAGGCGCUCUUUGGAUUCCUUAUGAGGAUGUUGAUUUCGAAAAACACCUGACACCUCUUGCUCGACAUGAAAUCAAAGAGUACUGCCGUGUACGUCAAUGGCAGCUUGAUCGCGGAGAGACAGCGGGGGAAAGAUCACAAAACGAGAUCAAAGCUGUAUUCGACGCACAAGCUAGGGCUGCAGGCACUAACUACAAGGCUCCUGCCCCCUUGUCAAUCGCUCCCGCUCUGCCUCGUCUUCCUGGAGAGUUUGGAGAAGAACAGGACCAGCCACCAAAAUUAAGCUGGACUGGCAACGAGAUUCGCCAGGAACUUCGCCAAAGUCGUCGCAUGGAAGCAGCCAGAGCCGAAGGACGUUUAACGCGCCAAGCACCCAUCACCGAUUUUGAAGCUGCCAAAUCGACCACAACGACUCGUCCCAUCUCAGGCAGAACACAGCAAAGCACCAAUGCGCUCGAGCGGACCUCAGCUCUGGCCGAGCGUGAGAUCAUCCGUGUGGAACAGGCUCAAGAGCGUGCUCACCUGCAGGCUGCUAACCGCGAGCGAGCAGCAGCAGCAGCCGCCCAAGCAACCGCGGCCGCGGCCGCUAAGAUCCCUGGCGUGGCCACCAACGGCCGACAGCAGUUCCAUGAAAGCCAUGAGAUGCAGCGCCUCAACAAGGUUUGGGCCAGCCAGGAAAGCUUGCGAUUCUCGAGAGCAAGUACCGACGACGCCAAAAUGUAUGGGGGAGUGAAGUACGAGCGUAAGGCCAAUGGUCCCUUUACGGGAAAACUUGUCUCACAGGGAACCAUCAUCAACAUUGACGGCGAGGAUUACGUCGAAUAUCGCGUGCUUACAAAGCCGUCAUUCUUCUAA